CUCAUCACACAUAUGGCCGCGUGUCAGCUGCGUAUCAAUAUUUUCCCGCAAGCUCGGCAGAUACGAUUCGACGUGCCGUUUGGGUGCUGCACACGAUAUAAGGAUCGACGCGAUUGCGACUCGAUGCGAUCCCGGUCAGCGAGGAAUAGGGACGACGACCACGAAGAGAAGGACGGAUCCUGAAGGACGAGUUAUGAGCACCUCGUGCUCGCCGAGCCGGAUUUUCUCGCGCUGCGAAUGACACGCCUGUCGUAAGAUGCGAUCGCUGCCGCUGCUGCUGCUGCUCGGUGUGUCCCGGAUUCCCGGGUCGCGCUGCCUCGAGGUGAUAUACGCGAUAAACGCAGGUGGCGAGUCGCACACGGACAGUUACGGGAUACGUUACUCCAAGGACCCUCUCAUGAGCAAGGUUGGCACGGCGUCCGAUUACGGUAAACAGCUGAUCAUAGGACGCGUCAACAACGUGGACCAGAUCCUGUAUCAGACCGAGCGUUACCAUCACAACACCUUCGGAUACGAUGUGCCGAUCAGUCAGGACGGCGAUUACGUCAUGAUACUCAAGUUCUGCGAGGUUUACUUCAACUCGCCGAAUAUGAAGGUCUUUGAUGUUGUCCUGAACGGCGAUCACACCGUGGUCACUGAUUUGGACAUCUUCGAGAGGGUCGGCCGAGGCGUUGCGCACGACGAAUAUGUCCCGUUCAGGGUACAGGGUGGAAAAUUGAUUUACAAUGAUGAGGAAUCAGACAUCUUGGCAGGAAAGAUAAGAGUAGAAUUUAUAAAGGGUUAUAGAGACAAUCCUAAGAUAAAUGCCAUAGCUGUUGUGAAAGGAACUUUGGAAGACAUACCACAGUUGGGACCGAUACCGCAGGAUCCGGAGGAAUAUCACAGCAUGCAGGAAGAGGAGGAAGAAACUCCUGUGCGUAGUCGACACACAAGUGGGCCUAGGACACCCGAUCCAUACUCGAUAGAUGAUUCUUCUGUAAUGUUACCUGUUUUCGUAGCCAUCGGUGCUUUUAUUCCCUUAUUAUUCUGCCUGUGUAAAUUAUAAACAAACGCACACGUGCAUAGAAAUGCCUUGUACUUAAGAGUAACAGUGUUUCCGAUUUCGGCUCGCUCGAUCCAUGAGAUAAUGUUUAAAUAUGUAAAU